AUGAAGAAAAUAUAUCAGAAGAUGAAGAAGCGCAACAAACAAAAGAGACCAGGUGCAGCAAGCGAAAGGAGUGAGAGUAUCGCGGUCUCGGGAUGUAUUUGGUGGCGCUGGCGCUCAACGCUCUUCACGAUGCCGCGUGACCACGAGCGCGCCGAGCGCGACUCGUCCGCCGAGUUUAGGCGCUGGUUGAGGAAAGAAAAGGACAAGUAUCUCGAGGAUCUGGAUCGCGAGGACAGCCGGCACUACUUUCGAAAGUUUAUCAAGCGCUGGAACCGAGGUGACCUCUCCCAUCGGUACUACGAUGGAGCCUACUCUGCGCCCGCCGCUACUUCAGAUGAGCGAUCCUCCUACGCCUGGGGUGCCAAGCGAGUCAAGCACGGGCCAGUUGCACCUGACCGGGAAACCCUACAAUCCUACAAGCGAUCAGUCGAGAAGAGUGAACGCCAUCGCCGCCGGCAAGAUCAAAAGGCCGUGCUGGAUGAGCUGGCGCCCAAAGAAACGGGCCGUGACGCGCGGCUCGCAAAGAAAGCGGCAGCUCGUGAGGAUCGUCGGGCGCGACAACAAUCCCCAGAAAUGCCCGAGCGCGACCUGAUGGGCUCGAGCUCGGGUGAAUUUGCGCACCUGGUGCGACGGGAACGAGAGCGGCGUGAAUCCCGGGCGGCCAAGCGGCGUGCUGUGGCAGAUCGCAAGCUGAAUGCAUACCAAGAAAAGGAGGCGGCGCGGAUGGCUGAGAUUAUGGCCCUGGCUAAGCAAGUCCGGACGCAAGGGGGCUGGGCUAAGUAAGCCCGCGACUAAGCUUGGGGUCCUGGGUGGCCCUCGUGCAUGCCGUCAGGAUGAGCCUUUUGUCACCUGCUUGCCAAAAAACCAGUCAA